CACAAGGAAGGGUGGAUUUUUUUCAUGAUAUGCAUUAUCAUGAUAAAAAAGGUUGGAUCAAUAAGACAGCUCGACAAAGAUAUGAGGACAUGCAUCAAAGACGUUCACAACUACGUGAGGAAGGAUUCGAAUCGGUGGAUGAGAAUGUGAUUGCUGAUGAAGUAUUGGGAACUAGAGUAGGAUAUAUACCCGGCAUGGGAUAUGAUUCGAAACUAGCCUCAUAUUCUCAUAAAAGACAACCGUCACCAGGUACAACUGCUUUGCAUGAGCGAUUGUCAAGUUUGAAAGACGAAUAUGACUCAAACAGGCAACAAAGUGAAGAACGGAUGACAAUUUUAAAAGAAGAAUAUGACUCAUACAGGCAACAAAAUGAAAAACGAUGACAAUUUU